ACAGCUGCUGCAACUACCAGAACAGCUCACGAAACUACCACAACAGCUGCUGCAACCACCACAACAGCUCCAACCACUACCACAACGGCACCCACAACAGGUCCAGAAACCACCACAACAGCUGCUGCAACCACCACUACAGCUGCUGCAACUACCACAGCAGCUGCUGCAACCACCACAACAGCUCCAGCAACAACCACAACAGCUGCUGCAACUACCACAACAGCUCCUGCAACCACCACAACAGCUCCAACCACUACCACAACGGCACCCACAACAGGUCCAGAAACCACCACAACAGCUGCUGCAACCACCACUACAGCUGCUGCAACUACCACAGCAGCUGCUGCAACCACCACAACAGCUCCAGCAACAACCACAACAGCUGCUGCAAAUACCACAACAGCUCCUGCAACCACCACAACAGCUGCUGCAACUACCACAAUAGCUGCUGCAACCACCACAACAGCUGCUGCAACUACCAUAGCUCCCAUGACAGCACCCUCAACAGCAACUACAGCGACUACAACUACGACAACAGCAACUACAACUACUAAAACAGCCCCCACAACAGCAACUACAACUACUACAACCGCCCCCAUAACAGCAACUACAACUACCACCACAGCACCCACAACAGCAACUACAGCGACUACAACAGCCACAGCUGCUGCAACCACCACAACAUGCACACCAAUUUACAGCAGAAAAUAUGGAACAAGAUUCAUCCGAGUCAUCGUCGUUUCAUUAAGGGCCGUAACACGUUAUCGUCAAGAUAAUACGGAGGUAGAGAUUCAGGUGGAGUUUGAUCAAGACGCACCGGAGUCUUCCCCAGAUGUGGAUGAGGUCGCCCAGCAGCUAAAGGACGAAGUCAGCACCUCCAACCCACUCGCGGUGGAAUCGAAUAGCAUCACCGUUAUUAAUUCUCCACAGCUGACGGCUAAUUCUCGGUUUACCACCAAUGAGACAUUUGCCCUUACCCUGGCUGACGUGAACUCGACUUCCUACCGCAGUAGGGCGGCCCUCAUUAAAAAAGAGCUGGAGCCUUUCUUCCAGGAAGACUACUCUUCAGACUUCAUCUGUUUGACCCCUAAGUCAUUCAGGUAA